AUGGGUCCAAUACGAAAGACUCGGGUAGCAUCGGAGAAGAUGGAUCUUCAUCUGGAGAGAUCUCACUCCAUGGCCGACGCCAAGAACACUGAUGCGGUAGAGCUCGCCCACCUCGGCUAUAAGGACGAAUUCCAACGACGCUUCUCGCUACCAUCUCUUCUUGGCCUCUGUCUCUGCUUGAUGGGCACAUGGGAGGCCUGUUCAGCCUCCAUCGCCGCGGCUUUGACAAGCGGCGGCCCGCCAUGCCUCUGUUUACUCACAGUCGUGACAGUAUUCUAUCCUUCUUAUUCCCUCGCAAUUGGAGCCUCUCUUGCCGAGAUCGCCUCAAUUUAUCCGACAUCUGGUGGCCAGUACCAUUGGGUUACAGCCUUAUCUCCCGAGCGAGGUAGAAAGAUAGCUUCGUGGAUGACAGGGUGGAUAUCUAUUGGCGGCCAGGUCGUUUUGCUUGCGUCGGCUGGCUUCUAUUCGAGCUUCAUGGUCCAAGGUCUUAUCUUCGUCAGCAGCCCGUCCUAUCAUGCAGAUAGAUGGCACGCUACCCUCAUUUAUAUCGGCAUAUUGAUCUACUGUGCGUUGCUGAACAUUAUCGGUGAGAAGGUCCUCCCAACAGCCAAUUUUAUCUCCGGCGCUCUCCAUAUAUUUGGGUUCCUUGCCGUUCUAAUCGCUCUCGGUGUCACGUCCAAGAAGAACACAUCCGUAUAUGUCUUCACUUCGACCUUCAAUGAUACGAAUUGGAGCGAUGGCGUUGCUUGGAUUGUAGGCAUGAUCAGCUCUAUAUAUCCAUUCUUAGGCUACGAUGGUGCUUGCCACAUGGCUGAAGAACUUCCGCACCCUCGCCGCAAUGUACCCCUUGCAAUGAUCGGAAGCAUCAUCAUCAACGGUGCCAUGGGCGUUGGAUAUGUCACAAUACUUCCCUUCAUUCAGAUCUACUACGAUGCGACUCAUUCAGUCGUCGGCACUACAUUCAUGGUUCUCGUGUCAGCUUUGACAGCGAUUGCUGCAGAAGCUGCAGGCAUGACAUCUGCUUCUCGGACUUUGUGGGCUUUUGCACGCGAUGACGCUACUCCCUUUCAUUCAUGGAUCGGGCAUAUCCAACCCAGGCUCAAGAUCCCAGCCAAUGCGGUUCUUGUAGUCUUCGUGCUCGAUUUGCUUCUUGGUUUGCUGUACUUGGUCAACCCCACAGCGUCCAACGCCAUUUUGUCCAUAUUUGCUACGGGAAUGUAUCUUUCUUAUUUGAUGCCUGUGGUAUGCAUGCUUGUCUGGGGCCGAAGCAAGCUGCAGUCAUCCGAUUAG